AUGUUUGUGUUCCUUAUAUUAUUAGUAUAUUCCGUGAAUAAUACCUUUGCGGAACUUUGUCCGGUCAUAUUUGGCCAGUUUGAAUGUCCAGCGAAUUUCACCUGUAUAACUAACGAAUGUUACUCUGACAGCAAUGUAACAGCACCACGUAAUUGUGAACAGGUGAAAUGCAAUUCCUAUUCCAGAUGCUAUAAGGGACGAUGUUACCCAACACCUGGAUUGCCUUGUAAUCGAAAUGUAGAGUUGUCCGAACAUCAGUUCAGAUCCAUAACCUCCAACUGUGGCUUGAAUGGAAGAUGUAUCAAUGGUCGAUGUGUUGAAGAUAGAUGUGUUGGAAUAAAAUGUACCGAAGAUGAGAUUUGUCGAGAUGGAAAAUGUCUGACAGUAACCAAUACUUUCUGUAUAACUCAUUUCGAUUGUGGUCCAACAUUCAAUUGUUAUCAGAACAAGUGCAUGUUGUCCAGCAGACACUCAAUAGCAUGCAAUUGUGACCCUGGUUGUGCACAUGUAAGUUGUGGAACGGGUUCGUUUUGCUUACAAGGUACGUGUCAGACAGCUAUCGGUCAAGACUGCACUUCUGCGGUAUGUCAAGGAGGUACAAUUUGUGUAGAGGGACGAUGCAUUCUGGAUCCUUGCACCAAUCGUUGUCCACCGGAUCAUGCCUGUCGCGAGGGUCAAUGUAGGCAUCUUCAAGGGUUGCUGUGUUACGGAGAAUGUCCCACACCUUAUGUAUGCAUCAGUGGGCGUUGCACAAAAAAUGAAUGUUUCGGGAAGGUUUGUCGAUCUGGUGAGAUGUGUCAAUAUGGCCUCUGUGUCAAAGUAGAAGGACGAUGGUGCAGUUUGGCGAUACGUGACUGUGCUGAAGAAUUUGAGUGUAUGGGAAAUACUUGUCGUGAUCUAUUAUUAGUAAAAGCCAAUACUACUAUAUCAUAA